AGACAAAAACAACAAUGCAACCACGUGACCUAUGUUAACCAGCUGUAACCGACGCUUGGUUUAAAACAAGAUUUGAUACCUUGGUCAAAGUGAUUUUAAUCCGUGUCAAGUAAAGAGGAUUUUCUGCCUGUUGGUAGAGUUUAUGACCUUUCGACCUUGGUGUUAAUUCACCCAUCCUAAGCAAUAGAGAACAAAAGAAAGCAGAGAAUGCCUGGAUACCCUUUGUUAAGUCUAGACAAGAACAUCAUCGACGCUAAGUACUUCUGCAGCUUUUGUGACUUUCUCCUGAGAGAGGCUAUGCAGACGAGCUGUGGACAUUUCUAUUGCCAAUCGUGCUUACCAAGUCUUAUUCAGGAUCAGCAAACACUUGUGAUGGUUUGUGUAAAGGAUCAUGGUGUUGAUAAAGUAGUCAUAGUCUUCUCAUACUUGGUUUUCACCCAGCUCUAUGGCACCAAAGAUUUUCUCAAAGUCCUCGUGGAAAGCUCCUGUACUGAACUUUACCUCUGUUUACGUCUUCGCCAAAUGGGUACUUCAUUACCAAUUAAACCCUCUAAAAGCACAUUCCCAUAUUUGUCCAUAUUUGUACUCCCAGUUAUGAGUGUUUUCCCAGACAAAUUUAUGCGACGUGAAAUACUUGCUCUCGUCGUUCACUGCACUUUCAUGGAGGAUGGGUGUGUUUGGAAGGGAGAAGUGAGAUAUUUAGAGAGCCAUAUGAACACUUGUGAGUUCCUGAAGAUACCCUGCGUACAUCCUGAGUGUGGCGUGCUAGUAAAAAAAUCUGACCUCACUUCACAUCUGGAAAACGAAUGCAUGUUCCGACUGGAGAAGUGCACUUUUUGUCAAAGACAGAUAGUCUUGUCCAGGAUGAAGCAACACCAGGAUACAGAAUGUCCUGCAUAUCCAGUUAUGUGUGAAAAAUGCAAUAAGGAUGGAAUUCUACGAGGGAAAUUGAAAGAUCACCAGAAUCCUAUCCUGGGCGACUGUGAAGCCGUACAAGGACCAUGCCCUUUCUCUCAGAUUGGCUGUCCGAAAACAGAUGUUCUUAGCCAAAAGGAAAAGAAACAGCAUUUGGAGAAGGCAUCAGGUACUGUCACUGGAGCAGCAUCGUCGGAACAACGGGUUCCGGCUGACGCCAGUUUAUCGAGUAAUGAGUACACCAGGAGAGUUACAAAUAUUGAAAACAGGACCGCUGACCAUGAAGUUCUUCUCGUCGAGAACAAUCGCACCAUGGAGGAAGUUAGACGUGACCUGGGAAACAUCAGAAGGCAACUUGACACCACCCAGGAGAGUACCAGAAGACAUGAUCGAAGGAUUGAAUCUAUUGAGCACACGCUGGCACUUAGAAAUGUAACCCUGGCUGAUUUAGAGGAAUACGUAAGACAACAAGAGUUCUCAAGCUACGAUGGCCAGCUUUUGUGGAGGAUUUCUGAUUAUGCACGUAAACGAAAUGACGCAGUCACUGGACAGCAAGUCUCCUUCUAUAGCCCGUGUUUCUUCACCAGCCGUUAUGGCUACAAAAUGUGCGCUCGUAUCUAUUUAAACGGCGAUGGAAUGGGAAGAGGAACGCACAUCUCGAUAUUCUUUGUGGUAAUGCGCGGUCAGUAUGACGCAUUGCUCCGCUGGCCAUUCAGACAAAAGGUCACCUUCAUGCUAUUGGAUCAGGAUAACGUGGAACACGUGAUUGACGCCUUCAGACCUGAUCCGAACAGCUCAUCCUUCCAGCGACCAAGAAGAGAGACAAACAUCGCCAGUGGGUGUCCGAUGUUCUGCUCGCUUGCUGAGCUGAAUAAUCAUGCAUAUGUUCGGGACGACACCAUGUUCCUAAAAAUAAUUGUUGAUACCUCUGAUUUGUAGUACAAAUGUCUGCUAAACAUAAGGAUAAACGUGCUGGGGUUUUGACUCACCUUCUUCUUUCGAUUCCAUUCGCUCACGAUACCUCGAACACGUACAUUUUGCUCGCCAUUCAGGGUAGAGGGAUCAUUCUCGUUAUACGAAGGAAACAGAUGUACUCCCUCUUGCAGUACAAAUUGUGAUCUUUGUACAGGUAUCCCACAGAGCCUCCUUGCAGAAAUCAGACGGCAUCUAGUUGGUCAAGGAUCACAAACAGAUGACUGAGUUCUCCGUGGAUCACCUCUGAAUUGAAAGACCUUAUGCAUAAUAGAGACAUUAAAAAUCAAAGCUAGCAAGGCAAAUGAUCCUAACGAUUGGGCAUUAUUUAAGAAACAAAGAAAUCUAGUCAAUAAGCAAAUACGCUCAGCUAAGCAAGCUUAUUACCAAAAUAGUUUUAAUAAGCAAACCAGCGACUCCCGAAAGACCUGGCAGACUAUAAACGAGCUAACUUCUCGAAAAUCUGGGAAAACGCCAGUGGCGUCACUAAAAGUGAACGGAUUAACGAUAACUAAUCCGUUGGAGCUAUCAAACGAAUUCAAUAACCACUUUGCUAAUAUUGGUCCAAAACUUGCCAGUGAGAUAAAUUGUGAUAGUGGUAGCUAUCAAAGAUAUCUUACCGCAACAGAUAAACGGUUUAAGCUCCAACCCACCAAUCCAACUAAAGUAUUUUCACUUUUAAAUAAACUAGACAAGUCAAAGGCAACAGGCCUUGACAAAAUAUCUGCUAGGCUUAUCAGGGAAUGUGCUGAUCUCAUUUGUGUGCCGAUAUGUG